AUGGCCAACCAAUACUCUCGUGUGAAAUACAUUCUUCGCGGCAGGACAGUCAUGGCGAUGUCGCCAGCGAAGUUCCCACCAAUGUCCUCACCGGCGAAGGCUCCCCCCACUCCACCAUCACCAAAUGAAGACAGAAUCUUCGGCUUUUUCACCCAAGCCACCCCCCAGCGAUUGCCUCCAGCUUCGCCAAUGGUUGCAAGGACUGGAAAAGGAAAACCAAAAGACGACCGACUCUUUGGAACACCAGAAAAAGAGAACCAGCCGAACCAGCCGCCCGCUGGGAAGAGGCCACCCAGGACACCAGAAGACGCCCCACCGAUGAAAAGGAAUGAUGUGGUUCCCUCAAUCGAGAAGCAGAUCAACAGGCAACUCGCUGGUUUGGACCAAGACGGAUCCUACACCGGAGGGCACAUGGAAAUGGGUGAGUCGCCAUUUAUGUUCCUGCUCGCUGAUGUAUUUGUCACAAGCAGAACCAAAACUCACCGACUUGGCUGGUGGCAACGGAAAGCCUCACCGAAUUCGGUAACCACUGUUUCAUCCACAGAAGAAGAACCAAUCAGCGAGGGCACUCUUAAGAAGUGGUUGAUCGAGGAAUCACAGCACAAUGCCCGAAUCCUCGCCAAGAACGGGCCUUCCACACCACAUCGAAUGGGCGAACCAAAGCCACCCAAAGAGAAGAAGAAUGAGCCCCAGAAACAAAAGCUCCCAAAAGGUGGCAAAACAAGGAUCGACAAAAUCAUGAGGAUCAUCAGGAAGGACAUCACCAAUGAGUUCGUGCACAACCCAAGGAUGAUGGAGCUUUCGGCAGGAGAGAUAGCGAACCGAAUGGAGAGUGUGGCGAUGUUGUUGUCAUUGGAGGCAUCCAAUCUCCCCUCAGCUGUCAACCAUGCCAGAGCCCAAAAAAAGAACUCUUCCAAAAGUGUUUAA